AUGAAAUGGAAAGUAAGGGAAAGAGUACUAACGUCAAUGUUGUUGCUUUGUGUUGCAGAGGGCCAAGCCAGCCACCUGAACCUGUUCAACUCGCGGCAGCAGGCGAAGAAGAAGCGGAAGUCGCGCACGGCGUUCACCAACCACCAGAUUUUCGAGUUGGAGAAGCGCUUCCUGUACCAGAAGUACCUGUCUCCAGCGGACCGCGACGAGAUCGCGGGCCAACUCGGCCUGAGCAACGCGCAGGUCAUCACGUGGUUCCAGAACCGGCGCGCCAAGCUGAAGCGCGACAUGGAGGAGCUCAAAAAGGACGCCGGGUCCACCGACGUCUUGACCGCGCACAGGUCCUUCCUGGAGAAGGUCACCGACCUCGGCAUUCUGAAGAAGAAGGCGCCCUCAAGCAGCGCCCCGAUGGCGGCAGCUGCAUCCGCUGUGGGGGUGGCAUCUGGAGUCUGUGGGGGCCGAGGCGACUCGGGUAUCGACAAGUAGAGGGCACCUCGGCAGGACAAUGUCACACAAUGUGGAGUAACUGGGUGGACACUAACUACGUAGACAUUUGAAUUCUGAAGAGUGCGACUCACCUGUGCGAUAUGUCACCACAGAGCACUGUUCAGGCACCUUUUGACAGGUAUUUUGUUCCUGUUAUGAGAGACGGUCACUUUCCCAUUUCGCAGUCACUUCACCAAUAGUCGAGUGGAAGAAUUUUACAAGUAUAGAAACGUCCCUGAAUGGAUGGUCACGAGAGCUCAGUGACUUCGAACGUGGACUAGCCGUUGUUUGUCAAUCCAUCAGCGACGUUUCAAUACUUGUAAAAUUCUUUCACUCGACAAUCACUGUCAGGAUUUAUACGAAACUGCGAGCUCACGAAGAGCAGAUCUCACUAUGUUAACCUUUAUAAAAGUGAAGAAACGUAGGACUUGCCAGGUGUUGAGUAACACGUGGCAAGGCGUUUAUUGUUGCAAACAUUUACCACUACAGUAGUUCCAGUGCCAGAUUUCAUGAUAAAUGGCUAUAAAAAUGUCUAGCUUAUUAAUACUGAGUAAUACACUGUCUUACGAAUGAUGGAGAAGUUACUUGGCUGAACCCGGAUUUCGCUUUGAAACUUAAAUUUUUGGACUGUUCUGUAACUUCUAUGGUGCACCUAAAAUCUUAAUUCGUGCAAAAAGAAAAAAAAAUUAUCAAUAAUUUUUCAGUUACGUGUUAAUAGCGGAACUCGCAACUGUAAUGGAAAAAAAGGGAAAAUUAUAUAGUAGAAACGAAUGUUAGGGAGACAAAAACGCUAUUAAAGGGACAAAAACUACUACGUAAAUAGUGAAUAAAUGUGUUAUAACCAUGGUGCUGUUUGGAUGCUUAGCUCC